UUGUCAUUUGUUAGAGAUAUCGCCAAAUUCCAACUAGUAAUACAUCGAAUAUGGAAGACAUUACUAUCUACGACACACCCCAAGGAUUAACAUUUAACAUCGAAUGUCUUUCCAUAUCAAAUUUUGAAGGAAAAGAGCUUGAAGAAUAUGGCGGAAAGAUUAUUUUGCCACUGACAAUAUUAAUACAAUACGAUGAAUUUGAUAUAGAAUAUCCUAUUCUUCUUAAACUUUCUUGCAAUAAAUCGGAAGAAGUAAAUCAAUGCUAUACUCAUUGCGGAGUUUUAGAAUUUUCGGAAAAUAUAAAAUUUAUGUAUAUUCCUUUUUGGAUGAUGAGAAAAUUAAAUGCAGAAAAUGGCGAUAUAAUUUCAGCAACGUUAGUAAAGUUACCAACUGCAAAAUAUGUAAAAUUUCUUCCUUUGACCAAAGAAUUCUUCCAUAUUUCUGAUUUCAAGAAAGUGCUUGAAACAACAUUAUUGAAAUAUAAUUGUUUAACAAUGGGAGAUAAUAUUGUAAUUUAUUAUCAAGGCAAAGAAUAUGAGAUAUGUGUGAAAGCUACUGAACCAAUGAAUUCAGUUUGUACAAUUGAUUGCAAUUUAAAUGUUGAUAUCGACUUUCCAGUUGAUUAUUGUAAAACAGAUUCCGAUUCGAUAGAAGAGAAACAGUUUACUAAUUUAAUCGAAAAUGAUUCCAGAGGGAUACCUGAUUUCGAUUAUGAAAUUGGAACGUUGAAAUUUAUUCGCUCACAUCAACCAAGCGAUGAAGAGUUUCGUACAAACGGAAAAAGGAGAAAUGAAGGAAAAGACGAUUCAAUCAGGAAGAAGUUUAAGGCAUUUUCAGGAAAGGGACAUUCAUUAAAAUGAAUUAAUUGUUUUGAAUAAAGUAUACGUUAUUGCAAGAAUAUUUUACUAUUCACUUUAUUAUUUUUACGGAAAUUUUCAUAAUUAACCAUUUAAUAUCGUGUUAAUGAUUUACAAGUUUUUUAAUUAUUGUGCCUUUAUAAAUGUAUAAACUAUCGAGUUUAUAAUUAAAAUUCUGUAUUUUUGCGAUUAUGUUUAAGAUUUAGUCCUAUAAACGUCUUUUUUUUAAAUAGUUAAGCAUCCCAAAUGAGAAAAAUAGCCUUGAGAAUAUAUUUUCUAUAAAUUAUUAAGCAACAGAGACAACUUUAUUAUUUGUGGAUAUUAACUAUAGCUGAAUAGUCUAUGUUAUUUAUAUCUAUGAAAAAAUAAUAAUCAUAUGGCAUGAAUGAUGAGAAGACGUUAUUCCUUUCAACAAAUUCAAUUUAAUAGCCUUCGAUAAAAAAUUGUCAUCGAUACAUCAACAUUAAGACCUCAUUAUAUCAUUUAUAAGUGAAAAAUAUGCAAUGUUUUAAAAGUUAUCCUACAAAAUAUG